AUGGACGAUCUACCUGCCCUUGUCGAGCCUGAUGACCUUAUUUACCCUGAUGACGAAGAGGUGUACCUUCCCCGACCAAGAGUAAUGAGAAACCCAGACACUGCAUCGGACGAGAUUGUGCAGCAUGCCACUCGCAAGCAGUACCAAGAUGAGUUAGCUUUCUGUGCGUCGAAGGUGGAAGAAAUGCUUCUUCAUGGGAUGGACUUACAGGGAGAUGCCAACAAGAAGCUUCACGAAAUCAACCAAGAACGUAUUCGCAAUGGCUAUCCUGUCCUUCGCGAGUUUGUCUUCGAAACACACAAAGCAACCAGGUUCUGUGACAUCUGGGGAUUCGACGAGGAUGCAUACAUUCAACGUUACCAUCGUUGGUUGAGUGAUAUUGACUUGCUCACGGAAGGUGUGGAAGAGGCCAAUGAUGUCGAAGAGCCAACCACGGAAGUCGCCGAAACUGCCAUUGAUGAUUCCAGCCAUGACAGCGACGAGGUGAAUAUGGGUGGCAUCAACCUCAGGAUGAUGGAGCGCUACAUCGACAAUUUGGAAGUCGCAGAAGAAGAGGGUCCCGUGGACAAUGACUCUGGUGACUCCCAAGAAGAUACCGGUGAAGAAACCAGUGAAGAUGCAAGUGAAGAAACCAGUGGCAUUGACAGUGGAUUGGACACUGGUGUUCGCUCUCCCUCCAGUCUGGGAUCCCCAGUUCUUGACAAUGAGCAAGUUGACGCCGAGAUUGACACCAUCUUGAAGCGUCGGAUUAACUGGGGCAUCAUGUCACAGCUUCCUGCCCCAGAAAGCGAAGAAGAGGAAUCCAAGAACCAAGAAGUCGCGGAGCAGGAGUCAGAAGAAGAAAACGAGGAAGACGACGACGAGGAAGACGAGGACGAAGACGUGGACGAGAGUCCUACCAAAAAGCAGCGAUUGGAGGAACAGUCUGUUGAGGAACAGUCUGUUCAGGAGGAUGUUGACGAGGAAGCCACAUUCCAGGAGGAAGCCACGGUCGAUGGAGAAGCUACAGUUGGGCAGGAAAGUGCCGAUGGAGAUAGCAGCGAAGAUGGAGACAAUGCGGAAGAUGGCGACAGCAGCAACAACAACAACAAUGAAACUAGUGGUCCCAUUCUCCUUGCCACUGGCAGUUGGUCCUAUUAG